AGUUGUAAUAAAAGAUACUAGUUUCAGGCUGCGCUGUGGCAUGGUGGUUAGUACUCUUGCCCCACAGUAAGAAGGACCAGUUCAGAUCAAGACUGGUUCCUUUCUGUGUGGAGUUUGUGUGUUUUCCCUGUUCAGUUGUGAGUUUUCUCCUGGCACUCUGGCUUCCUCCCACAUUACAAAAACAUGCUUCAUAGGUUAAUGACACCAAAUUGCCCCUUGGUAUGCAUGUGUGUGUUUGACCAUUCCACUGGCUGGCAACCUGUUCAGGGUGUGUCCCGCCUUCACCCAAUAGUAGCUGCACGUCUUUAGGGGGUUAAAAUAAUGGAUAGACAGUAAUUAGCUUGCACAGAAGUCAAAAGUGUGUUGCUUAAUCGAACCUAAUGUUGACACAUUUAUAUAGUUUAAUCCCAGAUGUGUGUUUAUUAGGAGAGAAUCAAGUACAUUUUAAGUAUGUUGGUAAAGUAGGUUUGUCUCUGGAGUCCUCCCUUCAGAAGUUUAUUUUGGACAAACUGAGUGGACCCCAGCCCAUAAUCUUGCUGAGGACACACCUCCACAGGUGAGUAUAAAGAGGCUGGACUGACCUGAGGCAGACAUCAAGCUUUCAGGAGUCAGCUCUGCAGCCUCCACAUCCACCAUGGCUCCCUCUGCCUGCCUGCUCUUACUGCUCCUGCUCGGCAUCGCUCAGGCGCUGCCCGUCGAAGAGAAAGAAGGCCAUGGAGAAGGCGGUGAAGAAGGUGAUGCAGAAAGCCAUAAAGGGGGUGAUGAAGAUGACUUUGUAGACUUUACCACCAAGAUUCUCACCAGUAACAACAACACCGACAAGUUCCUGCUAGAAGGAGACCUGGUGGCUCCCACAAACAGGAAUGCCAUGAAGUGCUGGUACAACAGCUGUUUCUGGAGCAAAGCCUCCAACGGUUUGGUGAUGAUCCCUUACGUCAUUGACUCUGAAUACUCCCCAUGGGAAGUGGCCACCAUUGAAGGAGCCAUGGGGGCCUUUAGUGACAGAACCUGCAUCCGCUUUGUCCGGCGCACCAAUGAGUACGACUUCAUCAGCGUUGUCAGCAGAAAUGGAUGCUACUCUGAGCUGGGCAGAAAGGGAGGACAACAGGAGCUGUCUAUCAACAGGGGAGGUUGCAUGUAUAGCGGCAUCGUCCAACACGAGCUCAACCACGCUCUCGGCUUCCAGCAUGAGCAUACCAGGAGCGACCGAGACAGCUACGUCCAGAUCAACUGGCAAAACAUCAUUCCAGCUAGUGCCUACAACUUCAACAAGCACGACACCAACAACCUGAACACCCCCUACGACUACUCCUCCAUCAUGCACUAUGGAAGAGAUGCCUUCUCCAUUGCCUAUGGGCUGGACACCAUCACCCCCAUCCCUGAUCCCAACGUCCCCAUUGGCCAGAGGAAUGGCAUGUCCCGCUGGGACAUCACCAGAAUCAACAUCCUUUACAACUGCAGUUAGUUAAGGUUAAAGUCAAACAGCAACAACAAAACAUCACUAUCAAUAUACAAAAGUAGAUGACAGUCUGUCACACACCUUGAUGUGGCCACUGAGCUGGCUAGUUAGGAAUGUUUUUGUCUGAUCAUCAAUGUCUGAAAUGGUAGAAAUAAAGUAGAUGCAAAGCAACUUUUGUUAUCCAUUUGCUUUUCUCCAUUUUGGUCUAAUGGAAGUACAUUUAAAUCCACUGUUGGGAGUAAAGCAGGUCAAGCUUAACUGUGGUACUCACAUUUUAUAAGUUAAGUAACUGAGUAAUCUAAUUUGUUUUAUUCCAACAAUGCUGUUAUAGAUACAUUAUAGUUGUAAAUAGAGGCUGGGUUGAUACAAUCAAUUGAUUUGAAUCGUGACUCUAAAGCAGUUCUAGGAAGAUAGUAAGGUGCUAUAUAGAUAAAUGUAAUCUACCAUUUAUUUACAUAUGUGGCUCUACAAGAUACAUCAACCUGCUUACAUCCAAGAUCAAUUUUAGAAUGAUGCUCUACAAAAACAUGUUUUAUGCUCUUUGGUCAGUUUAACAAUGGCGAAGCCUGAAAUUGGGGUUUUGUUUGUCUAAUGAAAAAAAGUUAAAUUAUUUUUUUCAUCCAAAUAUUUGCGAAGGAUUGCUUCCCUUAUAUUUAUACUGUCAGCUUUUGGCAACGUCAUUUCGGGUUGUUUGUUUCUGCUAAUUACCACUGUACAAGGUAAAGCUUGAUGUCUUCCUCAGUUCUGUCCAGCUACGCUCACCUUCGGCAGUAAACUGUCCAAACACUGCGCUAAAAUUUGUCAAAUUCUUGUGGAGUGGUGCCCAGCGUUUAACCGCCCAAGUGAGACUAUUGAUCCAUAAGAUGUGUAUGUUAGCAGUACACACAUAGAGCUCAUGACUAAAGUGUUUAUCAAUGAAAAGUGCAUGAAAAUAUUAUAAAAAGGAAGGAAAAGUGAAUAUGAGUUCCAGCACUUCAAAAAAAAAAACAAACAAAAAAAAACAAUGGUCAUAUAAUAUUAACAGACUGACCAUUAUAAUUAUGUCUCAAUAAUAAUAAACUAUCUGACAUACAAUGUAAAAUGACUUAAAUUGCAGCAUUGUGGAUUUUUAUUUUUUAUUUUCCACGAAUAUGCCAAUACGGAGAACCCCCAUUCCCCAACCCCUUCGGUUGAAGAAUGUCCGUUACCAAUCCAUAAUUUUUAAUGAAUGUUGGAGUAUUGCUCAACAUAGUUUUUUUUUUUUUUUUUUUUUUUAUUCAGAACAAAAGAUUGUC